AUGGACAGCCCCGGCAACGCCACCGCGCCCUGCGGCUUUCUCCUCCAGGGCUUCUCCGAGUUCCCGCGCCUGAGGCCCGCGCUCUUCCUGCUGCUGCUGACCGUGCACCUGGCCACCCUGAGCGGGAACCUGCUCAUCCUGGCGGCCGUGGCCUCGGUGCCCAGCCGGCCGCCCAUGCUGCUCUUCCUGGGCCAGCUGUCAGCCAUCGAGCUCUGUUACACGCUGGUGGUGGUACCCCGCUUUCUGGCCGACCUGGCCGCGCCGGGCCUCGGCAGGGGCAAGGGCAGCCCCAUCUCCUUCCUGGGCUGCGCUGUUCAGAUGCAGAUGUUCGUGGCGCUGGGCGGGGCCGAGUGCUUCCUUCUGGCAGCCAUGGCUAUCUGUCACCCGCUGCACUACAUGGCCAUGGUGACCCCAGGGCUGUGCGCUCGACUGGGCCUGGCCUGCUGCCUCGGGGGACUGGCAGUGUCCGUGGGGCUCACGGUGUCCGUGUUCCACCUGCCUUUCUGCGGCCCCCGCCUGCUGGUGCAUUUCUUCUGCGACAUCACGGCGCUGCUGCACCUGGCCUGCAUGCGGAGCUACGCCGAUGAGCUGCCCCUGCUGGGCACCUGCCUGGUGCUGCUGCUGCUGCCCUCGGUGCUCAUCCUGGCCUCCUACGGCGCCAUCGCCGCUGCCCUGCGCCGCCUGCGCUCCCCCGGGGGCCGGCGCAAGGCCGCCUCCACCUGCAUGUCGCACCUGGCAGUCACCUUCUUGCACUAUGGCUGCGCCACCUUCAUGUACGUGCGGCCCAAGGCCAGCUACUCCCCGCGGCGGGACCGAACGCUGGCGCUUGUCUACACCAACGUGACGCCGCUCCUCUACCCUCUCAUCUACAGCCUGCGCAACCGCGAAAUCACUGCCGCCAUCAGCAGGGUGCUGGGGCGGUGGCGGCUGGGCCAAGCGCUGGGUCAGGGGCUGUGA